AUGUCAAAAGUUGGACGUCAGCUGGCAGCAGAUGUGAUUCGAGCCACACGGAGGAAAGAGGUGCAGACGAGGCAACAACCGAAAGCAGUGUCGUGGAGUGAGCUGCAAGUCGUCGCUGGAACGAAGAGCAACGAUGAGAAAGGUGAAAGAGACACAUUGAUUCUGUUACUGUCUCAUCAAGCGUUACUGAGAGCUGAGGAAGCCGCGAAACUGAAAUGGUCGGACCUAACUCAAACUAAUGGAAUCUUGGAAAUCCCAGUGAGAAAAGCAAAGAACGAUCAACAGGCACUCGGUCGAAGCACGUUCAUUCCUUGUUCGGAUGGUUCGGAUUUAGACUGUCGCCUCAAGCGAUGGAAAGUUUGCGAAUCUCUACGAUCGAAAAAGAGUGAGUAUUUGUUUUCAAAUUUGAAUAACGGAGCUGGGCUCUCGGCGAGUGCGAUAUGCUCCAUAGUUAAAAAGAAGCUGAUGGAGUUCGGGAUAGAUGGGACUCACCACUCUUUGAGACGAGGAGCCGCCAACGACUUGCAACGACAAGGAUUUUCGAAGGAUGAGAUCAAGGCGCGUGGAAGAUGGCGAUCUGAUGCUGGCCUCGAAAGGUACUUGGUGGAUACGCCCGAAGCACAAGGAAUAUCGGCGGGAGCGGAGGAGCAGGAGGAUGGACCACCGGUGCUAGUACGUCAGCCAGAAGAAGGAUGA